AGUGGAAAUGAGAAUAAGGAAAAAGUAGAUGUCUUAGUGUAGUUAGUUAAUCUAAAUUAUACGAGUAUUUUAAUUUUAUUUUUUAACCUUUAAGUCAUGGUUUGUCAUGCUGGAUAUGUUGGAAUAGAAUCAAAGUACAGUUUUGUUUUAUUUUUUGCAGAAUCUUGAAAUUUUACAUCGCAAGUCUUCUGGAAUGAAUUAUUUUCUUCUAAUAUUGACUUACAACAACUCCAUUACUAACAGAUUGCAGUUGUAAAUACAGUAGCAUGCCAUGCCAAGAGCUUAAUCCCCUGAAUGAGGAGGGAGCUGAACAUCACACAAAAAAAUCGAAGAGUUUGUUAAGAUAGAUUUUAAAAUAUACAGAGAAAUGGCUGAAAAUAAUCCAGAUGUCCUUUUGAUUGUUGGAGGAGAAAAAUUUCCAUGUCAUCGAAAAGUUUUAAAGAAUGCAUCAUCUUACUUUAGUGCUAUGUUUACUUCUGACAUGUUGGAGAAUCAUGCUUCUGAGGUGGAGCUUCAUGAUGUUAAACCUGAGGCUUUCAGCUUAUUGCUUGAGUUUGCAUAUCAUCGAUACAUUGGUAUAAACCAGAACAAUGUAUUUGACCUGCUCGAAACAGCAGCUUACCUUCAGUUCAGUGGACUUGUAGAUGAAUGUGUAUCAUAUCUCCUUAACAUUUUGGAUUAUACUAAUUGUAUUCAAGUUUGGGUGAUAGCUGAUAUGAUGAACUUGGAAGUUUUAUUAAAGCAGGCUAAACAAAUAGUUCUGUGGGAAUUUGAAUUUGUGGCCAAUUCUUUAGAAUUUUGUGAGCUUCCUAAAAGACUUCUUUUGGAAGUAUUGCCUCACGAUGGGUUGAUAAUCAACAGAGAAAUGGAGGUUUUUUACAGCAUUAUCAAAUGGAUUGAAUCUAACCAAAGGCUUAGAUCAGAUAAUUUGCUUGAACUAUUUAUAUGUAUUAGGUUUGCUUGUUUAUCUGCUAGAGAAAUAAAUGAAAUAUGUGCUCAUCCAUUUAUGGAGUUUGAUCCUCUAGUAAAGAAAUUAUUAGUAAAUAUAUUGGACACUUCUGUUUUAAAGAAGUCAAAAAACUCUUGUAUAUCUACGUUUAAAUUAAAGGAUCAUGUGAGACUAGACCAUAGCUAUCGAGAGUUAUUAAUUAUAGAAGGAAAGACUUUUGAUAGUUAUGUAACUGAUAACUCUAAUCUGUCAGAUGUCAAAGAGAAGUUGAAAAUUAUAGAAUGCAAACACAGUGAAAUAGUCUCCAGUGGUCAAGGCACGAGUUCACAAGAAACACAAGAUGAGUAUUUUAAGUUGUGGAAGGAUGUUUUAUCAUUUGUAUUUUGUAAAGGAAAACGUUGUGUACCUGUAAGUCCUAUUAUGAUUGGUACUGAGAUAUCAGGAAUUGAUAAAAUCCCAGGAGAGAACUCUCAUGGUUUGUUACAAGGAUUGAUCUAUAAUGAGUCCAAAGAAAGUUUUGAAAUGCUUACAUCACUCUACGUUGGAGAACAGAGAUCAUCACCUCUAAAAGGAUAUAGUGCUUGUUGUGUUGGCAAAAACAUAUACAUCCUUGGAGGGGAAUAUGGCAUUGGAACUGGACGAUGGAAUAAGAAUGUUUGGAUGUUUGAUGUGUUCCAAAAGAAAUGGUCACUGGUCAGUGUGAUGCCAUCUUCACGUCGCCACUUUCAGACAUGUGUACUGAAUGGUUGUCUUUAUCUUCUUGGGGGAUUCGGAAGUUACAGAGUAGUAUUAUUUUCAGUGGAAUGUUACAAUACAAAAACAGGUGAAUGGAGUAUUUUACCCUCACUACAGAACCCCUUGUUUUCUUCACCAGCCGUUUCUCAUGCAGAUCGGCUGUUCGUCUUUACUACAGAUAUUUACACUUAUCAUCUUGAAUCUGAAGUUUGGGAACAAGUAAAUAGUAAUUACACUUCUGGGCCAGAUCAGGAGUAUUGUUGUGCUUUGUCCCAUGAGAUGGGUAUUUAUCUUAUCCCUGCACAACCUGGAAAUAUUUUGUUUUACCAGCCAGACAACAGUGAACUGAAAAUUGUUGGCUGGCUAGAAAGUGGAGCAACUUGUGCUUCUUUGUUUGGAAAUUUUAUUUCCAUUAUAAAUCAGAAUGAGUUUCUUUUGAUCUCGUGUGAAGGAGGAACUGUGCACAUAAAAAAAAGACUAGAGAUUAGUGUAAAUGCUCAUUUUUGCCUGUCUCUGCCUUAUUAUUGGGACCUUCAAUAAGCCUCUUCAAACCCAACUAAAGUUUCAUGGUUGAAGUAAUUGACAUUAUGUACUUACUAAUCUAAACAAAUAAACUAUUAAAUAUGUACAUGAUAUUUAAACAAAUUUAGUGGUGUUUUCUAUAUAUUAUAAAAAAUCAAAGUAGAGAAAUCACUGAAAAUUGUUUAAAUGUACGUACGUACGUGUAUGAGGUUAGAAAUACUGAAGGUGUACACCUGUAGCAUCAAAUGAUUAAUUUUAAUUUCUAAUAACACAAUAAAUGUUUUGUUUUUUUCGUUUAACAUUCCAUGAUCUUUACCUUUGGAAAUGUUAUAUCAUACAGAAUAUUAAAUUAUAUUUAUAUUUUCAAGUCAAGGAUUUUUAUUUAUACUUUUAAAAUUGUAAAAUAUUUAACAUAUAAAGUCACAGGUUUCACCAUAGCUUAUCCAAGUUUUUUUGUAUCUUAUAAUGAGUCAGUACAAAAUCAGUGUGACAAGCAAAGCCUCAUUAAUUCAUUAAAUAAUAAAAAAUGUUUUUUUUAUCCAUUAAUACUCCAUGUUUGUUUACUUUGUCAUACAAGCCUUAUGGUAUUUUGUAACAACCAUCUUCAGGCACAAUGUUGAAUCAUUUUUAACAAGAAAUGUGUACUGGUAAUAAAGAUGCGCAUGAAAAUUAA